CGUCCUGGCUUCCUGUUGACCUGCACAAGGUCACCCAGAGGACCCGGUACCCAAAUGUUGCAGGUCAAAGGUGUAAAAAAACACCAAAAUCCCUGAACGUGUGUUGGUGCGUGCACUUAUUUAUAUAUCUUCGAACGUCCUCCUUCUUUGGGACAUGACAGGUGCCCCCCAGCUCCACCUGUCCAUCCUUUUCCACAGCCACACGGUGGUGGACAAAUCCAGAAAGGGAUCAGUCAUUCAAGAAAUGGCAUGCUGAAGUGCCACGGGGCCACGGAAGAUCUCUGGAUACCGGAUCAGACGCAGCUGCCCCCCGGCUGCUAUUUUCACUCAGCUUAAAGUACCAUGGGCAGCCAGCAUCUACGCCAUGGACUACCCACAACUACCAGUCUGUCUCUGUACGCCAUGAAGUCCACUGCAGGGGAGCACGAGCAUCCUGCACACGAUACCCAGAGCUUGCCCUCUGACCCUGAUGAGCUCGACAGUGGCAGCGAAAGCUCGGAGAAAUCCACUGGCGCAGGGAGCCCCAUGCAGGGCCACAGGGAGGCGAGGAGAUGCAGAGGGGGUCGUAGACUUGCAGGGAUGAACAAACAACGUCAGGCAGCUAAUGCUCGGGAGCGAGACCGCACACAUAGUGUCAACACUGCCUUCACGGCUCUGCGUACCCUUAUCCCCACAGAGCCGGCCGACAGGAAGUUGUCAAAAAUCGAGACCCUGCGAUUGGCAUCGAGCUACAUUUCACACUUGGCCAACGUGCUUCUGCUAGGGGAGGACUGCAUGGACGGGCAACCAUGUCUGAAAUAUCACAACAUCUUACAAAGCAACACCAACCUCAAAACUCCACCGGUUCGACCCAUCUGCACCUUCUGCUUGAGUAACCAGAGGAAAAUGCUUAGAGAUGGGGAAAAGCACACAACUGGGUGACAGCAGAAGUUCUCCCGACUGUCCGCUGC